AUGAUUCUCGAAUCGUGUUUUUGGGCAGCAUUCGGUGCAAUAUUACCGGAUAUUGAUCAUUUCAUAGCUGCAAGAAGUACAAGCAUUUCACUUGCUCGUCAACUACCUGUCAUAUUGUACGUGAUGCAAAUAGACGAGGUUUAUGGUUAUGGCCUCCACCAGACUUUGCAUUCAUUAUAUUGGUUGAAUUUAAGAAAGAGUUUACCACAUUGCAUAACGAAUCAGACAGCAUCUUGUUUAAUCAUCAAUAUUCGUUCAAAUGAUGGAAGCUCUCAAAGAUGGAUUGCACGUCAACGUUCAGAUCCUUAUGUAAAACGUGCUCGUCUUGAGAGUUAUAGAUGUCGUAGUGCAUUCAAAUUAUUACAAUUGAAUGAUAAAAUUCCCGGUGGACUUUUUAAACCUGGUGAUAUUGUCGUUGAUUGUGGUGCUGCUCCAGGAUCAUGGUGUCAAGUAGCUACAUCUUUAAUCAAGUCUAAUGAUCAUAACAAAAUUUCAAAUAAGCAAAAUGAAGGUUUAGUAAUUGCUUUUGAUUUGGCAAACUUUGCACCAUUACCCGGUGUUAUUGCACAUUGUGGUGUUGAUUUAAAUAAUUCGUCUGAGUGUAUACAUUUGAUUAGUCAAUCAAUUUUCAAUCAUUUUAACAGUAAUAAUGAUGAUAAAAACUGUGAGCAGAUGCAACACGAGAGACAGGAAUUAAUGCCCGGUGUUGAUAUUGUUUUAAGUGACACAGCUCCAAAUGUGACAGGAAUGCGUGAAAUCGAUGUACCUGCUAUGAUCAAAUUAGCUCAUAAUAUUUUACGAAUAGCAAUCAGUGUUUCAAAACAAGGUGCCACUCUUGUGAUUAAACUGUUCGAAAGUGCUGAGACAAAAGAAUUUAAACAAACAGUUUCCCAAUUUUAUACAUUCAAUUUGAAGCGUCCUUCAUUUACGCGUCUGAUUAAACCGGAGGCUAGUCGAAAAGAAUCAUCAGAAGUUUAUUUAGUUGCUAGAGGUUUUCAACUUCCACAUAACACACAGGAUGGCGUACAUUUGAAAUACAGUUCAUAA